GCACACUCUGUGCGUCAUGACGGGCUGAGGCGGAUGAUGAAUUCCGGUGAGCCAGGGUUGCUGUGUCACUCAGCGCGGUCGGCGCGCCCCUUCCCCGCCGCCCUUCCGCUCCAGCUGUAGGCUCUUCCGGUCUCCCGCCGCCCCACACUUGCCGGCCGGGUGCUGAGGACGCCGCGCGCUGGGCCCGGGCUGGGGCUCCCGAGCGACGCUGGCCAUGGCGAGCGGUGCCUCCAGGUACCGGCUGAGCUGCUCGCUCCUGGGCCACGAGCUGGACGUGAGGGGCCUGGUGUGCUGCAUCUACCCGCCCGGGGCCUUUGUGUCGGUAUCCCGGGAUCGCACCACCCGCUUGUGGGCCCCGGACAGUCCUCACAGGGGCUUUACAGAAAUGCACUGUAUGAGUGGCCACUCUAAUUUUGUGUCUUGUGUCUGCAUCAUACCAUCAAGUGACGUAUAUCCUCAUGGACUCAUUGCCACUGGAGGAAAUGACCACAACAUUUGCAUUUUCUCACUGGACAGUCCAAUGCCGCUUUAUAUUUUAAAAGGUCACAAAGAUACUGUUUGUAGUCUUUCAUCUGGAAAAUUUGGGACAUUACUUAGUGGCUCAUGGGACACCACUGCUAAAGUUUGGCUGAAUGACAAAUGCAUGAUGACAUUACAGGGUCACACAGCCGCAGUCUGGGCAGUAAAGAUUUUACCUGAACAGGGUUUGAUGUUAACUGGAUCAGCAGACAAGACUAUUAAACUGUGGAAGGCUGGAAGAUGUGAGAGAACUUUUUCAGGCCAUGAAGACUGUGUAAGAGGUUUGGCAAUUUUGAGUGAAACAGAAUUUCUUUCAUGUGCGAACGAUGCUAGUGUUAGAAGGUGGCAGAUUACUGGUGAAUGUCUUGACGUAUAUUACGGACACACAAAUUAUAUUUAUAGCAUAUCUGUCUUUCCAAAUGGUAGAGAUUUCGUGACAACAGCAGAAGAUAGAUCUCUAAGAAUAUGGAAAAACGGGGAAUGUGCUCAAACAAUCCGCCUUCCAGCUCAGUCUAUCUGGUGUUGCUGUGUGCUGGACAAUGGUGACGUUGUGGUUGGUGCGAGUGAUGGUGUUAUUAGGGUAUUUACAGAAUCAGAGGAUCGGACAGCAAGUCCCGAGGAAAUCAAGGCUUUUGAAAAAGAGCUCUCUCAGGCAACUAUUGAUUCCAAAACUGGUGAUUUAGGGGACAUUAAUGCUGAGCAGCUUCCUGGGAGAGAACAUCUGAAUGAACCGGGUACUAGAGAAGGACAGACUCGUCUAAUCAGAGAUGGAGAGAGAGUUGAAGCCUAUCAGUGGAGUGUUAGUGAAGGGAAGUGGAUAAAAAUUGGUGAUGUUGUUGGCUCAUCUGGUGCUAAUCAGCAAACAUCUGGAAAAGUUUUAUAUGAAGGGAAAGAAUUUGAUUAUGUUUUCUCCAUUGAAGUCAAUGAAGGUGGACCAUCAUAUAAAUUACCAUAUAAUGUCAGUGAGGAUCCCUGGCUAGCUGCAUACAACUUCUUGCAGAAGAAUGACUUGAAUCCCAUGUUUUUGGAUCAGGUGGCUAAAUUUAUUAUUGAUAACACAAAAGGUCAAAUUUUGGGACUUGGAAACACAAGUUUUUCAGAUCCAUUUACAGGUGGUGGUCGGUAUGUUCCAGGCUCUUCAGGGUCUUCCAGCACAGUGCAGGCAGCAGACCCUUUCACAGGUGCUGGUCGUUAUGUGCCAGGUUCUGCAGGGAUGGGCACUACCAUGGCUGGAGUGGAUCCAUUUACAGGGAGUAGUGCCUACCGAUCAGCUGCAUCCAAAAUCGUGAAUAUUUAUUUCCCCAAAAAAGAGGCUCUCACUUUUGACCAAGCAAACCCUACACAAAUAUUAGGGAAACUGAAGGAACUGAAUGGCACCGCACCUGAAGAGAAGAAGUUAACUGAAGAUGACUUGGUGCUUCUUGAAAAGAUACUGUCUGUAAUUUGUAAUAAUGCUUCAGAAAAACCCACAGUCCAGCAACUUCAGAUUUUGUGGAAAGCUAUCAACUGGCCUGAAGAUAUUGUGUUUCCUGCACUUGAUAUUCUUCGUCUGUCAAUUAAACAUCCCAGUGUGAAUGAGAACUUCUGCAAUGAAAAGGAAGGGCCUCAGUUCAGCAGUCAUCUCAUCAACCUUCUGAACCCUCAGGGAAAGCCAGCAAACCAGCUGCUUGCUCUUAGGACUUUUUGCAAUUGUUUUGUUAGUCAGGCAGGACAAAAGCUCAUGAUGUCUCAGAGGGAGUCACUGAUGUCCCAUGCAAUAGAACUGAAAUCAGGGAGCAAUAAGAACAUUCAUAUUGCUCUGGCUACAUUGGCCUUGAAUUAUUCUGUUUGCUUCCAUAAAGACCAUAACAUUGAAGGGAAAGCUCAAUGCUUGUCAGUAAUUAGCACAAUCUUGGAAGUUGUACAAGACCUAGAAGCCACUUUUAGACUGCUUGUGGCUCUUGGAACACUUAUCAGUGAAGAUUCAAAUGCUGUACAAUUAGCCAGGUCCUUAGGUGUUGAUUCUCAGAUAAAAAAAUACACCUCAGUAUCAGAACCAGCUAAAGUGAGUGAGUGCUGUAGACUUAUCCUAAAUUUGCUGUAGCAAUGGGGAGAGGAGCGGAGAUUUCAAGUUGACUAGUGGGGUAUUUUUUUCACAUUUUACAUGACUGAUUGAAGAUGUUUAAAAAAAAAAAAACUGUGGAUUAAGUUCAGAUCCUGUAAAGUGCGUGGAAGAGAAACAAAUUAUAAAUAAAGUUUUUGCACUGAUGAACUGUGAGACUUUCCUAUAUAAUGGGGUAGGUUUUCAAGGGUAUAGAAAGAAAUGAAGAAAGAACAACAAUCAGUAACAGCACAGUUAUAGUGGCAUUUUCUUUAUUUUAGUCACUCGGGAGAACAUAGGGCUUUGCUUCUAAGUCUGUAUAACAUGCUGUGAAAUGUUGACGGUCUUCUUGUGAGUUCGCCCCUGCUGUUGGACUCUUUGACUAGCACUGAUCCAUCCCAAGGCCUUCUUUUUGGAUUUACUUGAAAUUUUUUAAAAUUAAGUUUGUUAUAAAUUAUAAAUUGAAAAACGUACACUAAUUUCUUGAGUCAUUUGUAAAUAUAAAGUACCAUCUUUGAUGCUUCAUUUUACAUGAAAAAAAAAUGCCAAUUGGUGAGCUGUUCUAUCUCCUAACAGUUCAGACAGAUGAGGCCUUGAGUGAUUAUUGGUUAAGGUUGCUGAUCUCACUAUAUGAAGUCACUUCUUUUUCCACUCUGAUUUUGAUGUUUAAUUGUUUAUUUUUGGUCAUUUUCUAUACAAGUUUUAUUUCGUUUCUUUUGCCCAUUACUAUUUGCAGGAACUUUAUUUUUCAUUUCAAUUUUGAUAUGAUUGUACUUUCUAAAUAAUUUAAAUUAUUUCAAACAAAUUUCGAAUUUGUUGACUUUUAUUAGGUGGUUUUGCAAACAGCAUAUAUCAGACUUAAAAGUUCAGACUCUGUCUUGUGAAAUUAGUAUUUUUAGUAUUUAGUAUUUUAGAAUGGUCCUGGCAGCACGUUCUGUGCUUUGCCAUUUACUUCUCAAACCAGCUGUGAUGGAAAGGGUGGUGUUACAUCUGUUUUCAAAGUGGGAAAGAUAAUGCAAUGAAUCAUGAUAGGAGAAAAGAAGGAACACCAAGACCACUCCAAGGUAACAGCACAAAGCACCUGCAUGACACAGAUGCCUAGAGAGGAAGCCACAUGUUCUUCCCAAGUAUCCUGGCAACUGAAACAAAGGAGGACCAUCCACUAACUGACAGUUUAUCAUAUCUAUGAUAACCUGAUUUCUUAAGAGAAAUGUAUUUAUGUUUUGUGUGUAUGUGUUUUGUUUAGUGUUUGUUUUGCAGUUCUAGGGAUCAAAUCCAGGUGCACGCUGGGGAAGCUGUACCAACUGAAUUGCAUUCCCAGCCCCAGUAGUUCCAUUAUAAAUAUGGAAAAAAAAUUUCACAAGGACUUUGCCUAAAAUAGUGAACAGCAUUCUCAACAUCAAUGGUGUGAGGAACCAAGGGCUGUCCUCACUUAAUGCCACAUUAUAGUCUAGAAGGACAAUUUUUUUUUCCAAUAGGGAAAGAAAAGGUGAUUAUUUAGAUUAAACCAAGAAAAAACUUGUGGAAUUUCAGAAGGGAGUGAAUAAAAUGUAAAUGGGGCUAUGUACCUUCUAAGUAUGAAAGUGCAGCUUCCUCUGCUUACCUGGAAUUUAAAUAUUCUGUUUGCAGGUCCAUUAUAUACUUGUGCUUUCCUUUUUGUUGAAUUGGGUUUAAAUGAUUACAUCAAAAUUAAAUGGCAAAACUUAAAGUUAGCCUGAUUCCAUUAUAAUACACUGUUUGUUAAUAUGUACAAUCUAGCAUGCAGUUUGAAGUACAAUUUUAGAAAGCUUGGGGACCUUUGAAUAAUGAUUAGAUGUAAUCUUGUUUAGGAAUGAGUUUAUUCUUCAAACUGUAAGUGGUGGCAGAUUGCAAAUACUCUAUUUCAUAUCACUGUGUAAGUCCUUCUAUAACAACUUUUAUUACUUGUACAGUUUAGCAAAAAGAAAAAAAAAACCUCAUUUGAAAGACCUGUUAAAUGGUGUUUUAAAGAUUUUUUAAACUUUUUAAUAAUUCUUUUAAUAUGGUUUCUUGAAUAUAAACAUUCAUUUAGUAAUAUAUAUGUACACAUACCCCAUUGCUUGUAAUCCUAACCACAUAAGUGUAUCAUUUGCCCUGUUCAGUAACCUGAUUUAAUAUUUCGUUAUAUUAAUAUACCAAUUUCUUAUUAUCUUA